AUGGCUUGGAGUAAGAAACAGGGCGCGACAGCCUCUUUCGAUGCCUUAGCCAUUCAACUCAAGGACUUCCUAGUGGAGCAGGCCUUGACGAGGCUGGCGCCGCGUAUGGGUGAUAAGUACUCACAGGUAGUAUUAUCUUGUUUAACAUGUUUGGAUGACGACAAUGAAGACUUUGGGGGUUCAGAUAUGGCUGGCAAUGAUGAUGCCAUUGCGGUGCAAUUCAUCGAAAGGAUUUUGAAGACCCUCAACAACAUUUCCCUGUGA